GGGGAUUUAAACGCUCUUGGAGGAAAAUAUUUGUCAGCAACAAGAGAAGUGGUUCAUUUGCGUGCGCUAUAUAUUUAUUAGCCAAAUCGAAAUCCAUGGCGGCGUCGACGCAGUGGGAGAGCAAAUCGAAGCCGUGUGCUUGAUUUUUCAAGGCGUUUUUUUUGGGUUUCUGAUUUCGUUUCCUCCGUCGCCGGAUCACGACGCGAUGAAGAAAAGGGCGUCGCCGCUUUCUGCGUCGUCGCCGUCGUCGGCGUCGUCGGUAGCCUUCUCCCGGGGCAGGCUCUGGCUCGGCCUGCAGCUGGUCAUUUGGCUGUCCGUGCUUGCGUGCUCGCUCGCGCUCAUCCGCAUCGCCGCGAGAUCGCCGUCUCUGGAUGCGGCCGUCGGCGAGGAGACGCCCUUGAGCGGCGGCACCCCUAAGAUCGCCUUCCUCUUCCUCUCCCGUUCUCACCUCCCGCUCGAUUUUGUUUGGCACGCCUUCUUCCAGAAUGCGGAAGAGCAGAAAUACUCGAUUUACGUUCACUCGGAGCCGGGAUUUGUGUUCGAUAGGACGACGACGAGGUCCCCUUUCUUUUUCGGCCGUCAGAUUCCGGAUAGCAUAAAGGUGAUUUGGGGCGAGUCCACGAUGAUCGAAGCAGAGAGGCUGCUUCUUGCUGCAGCCCUCAAGGAUCCUGCUAACCAGCGUUUUGCCUUUAUUUCUGAUAGCUGUGUACCUCUUUACAACUUCAGCUACAUAUAUAACUAUGUGAUAUCUUCUCCAAAAAGUUUCGUGGAUAGCUUUCUUGACAAAAAGGAAGGACGUUAUAGUCCAAAAAUGUUUCCUACAAUACCCAGGGACAGAUGGAGAAAAGGUUCUCAGUGGAUAACCUUGGUGAGAAAGCAUGCCAAAAUUGUCGUGGCUGAUACCGUUGUUUUUCCAGCAUUCAGGAGAUUUUGCAAGCGCCUGAGUGGAGGAGCACUUGGAGGAAAACAGAAAAAUAAAGAAGCAACAAAGAAGGAACACGACUGUAUACCAGACGAACACUAUGUUCAAACAUUAUUCUCUAUGAGUCAACUUGAUGAUGAGUUGGAGAGAAGAACUUUAACAUAUACUUCAUGGAACCAAUCUAUUGAUGCAAAGGACAAACGAAGUUGGCACCCUAAGACAUUUGAAUUUGCUGACGCGAGUCCACAACAUUUUACAGAAAUAAAGGGUAUCAAUCAUGUAUACUACGAGACGGAGUAUCGCACAGAGUGGUGUCAAUGCAAUGCUACUUUUGUUCCUUGUUUCUUGUUUGCUAGGAAGUUUUCCAGGGGUGCUGCUAUGCGCAUUCUCAACGAUGGUCUCGUGGGUCCCUUCGACGCCGGUUCUUUCUUUUUUCCCGACUCAUAAUUUUACCUCUAUGGAUAGCUCAAUAGUUGCAGAAGCACGGGUAUUGAUCAUUCAAUCAGAUGCAUUCAGAUUAUCCGAUAAUUGAUCCGACUCGCAAAGUCCAAAUGAAAUAAGAACCUGAAAUCAUCGAAAUUGACUACGGAUGCAGAUUUGUACAGAACAAAACACAGUGCAUUUCAAUCGGCAAGAUUCGACUCCUCUUGUAAUUGUUAGCUUAUAGAGAGAAUUUAUCGAGGGAUGAUACAAUGUUCUAAAUGAAGAACUCUAUUGUGGCUUACACUUGAGCCACCAGUUUUCAUAUUUUGUUUUAGUAAUUUUCAUACUUUUUGAUACGACGUUACUGAAAUGGUGAAUGUUGAUAAA